CAGACGCUGUGAUUUGUCACUGUCAGAUGAUCACACGGAGCCCCAUCAUGCCAUCUAAUCCAGAAUGGUCUAGCUUUAAGACAUGUGAUACACUUUAACAGUCAGCAAGGCUGCACUGGAUCAUUUGUCUCUUGGUGCUCGCUGAGGAGGGACUCCGGCAGUCAGAGCCGCUGCCUCUCUCUGGAAGGAUGCGGACGCAGAGAGGAGACAUUCCUGCGCACAUCAUUAAGGAGCACUGCGCGCGAGCCUAAACAUGCGAGCGGAGGAAACCAAUUGAUCCGAGGAGAAGGGGGCUGCUCCUAAAGGUGAAGAUUUGGGGGGAUUAAAAAAAAAAAACAAAGGUCCCUGGACUGUUGCUUUCAAAGUGAGGAGCGGCGGAGGCAGAGGGAGCGGACUUUCCCCUCUAAUUUAGCCAAAUUCUGUCACUAGUGGAUGGGAUCAACAUGAGCAGAUUUCUGGAUGGAUUUAUGACAUUCUGUUGAGUUAUUUGUCCAGUUUGUUGGCGUGUUCAGAUGUGUCCUGUCAUGUCCUGGCUGCUCUGUGUGUGCCUCUGGGUCAGUCUGACUGCCAUCCAGGUGUGUCAGACCACUUUCUACGACACCAUCCACCAUUAUCCUGGGACCAGGCCGGGCCGAACCACCAUUCACACCAUCGAGGGGGGCACGUGCGAAGUAAUCGCUGCACACAGAUGCUGUAACAAGAAUCGAAUCGAGGAGCGGUCGCAAACGGUGAAGUGCUCUUGUCUGCCAGGCAAAGUGGCUGGGACCACCAGAAACAGGCCUUCAUGUGUCGAUGCAUCGAUAGUAAUUGGGAGGUGGUGGUGUGAGAUGGAGCCUUGCCUGGAAGGGGAGGAAUGCAAGACGCUCCCUGACAACUCAGGCUGGAUGUGCUACGCCGGCAACAAGGUUAAGACCACAAGGAACACUCAGCCAUACACAACAUCAGCAUAUUAAGAACUUUGCAAGGGAUUGCAAGGGAAUACCUCUGGUUCCAAGAACUGUCAGUGGAUCAAUUAUGACAAGAGACAAUGAGCCUAUUGUUGCUUCAAGAAAUGUCAACACUUUCAGAUAGAAGUUUUAAAAAGAUGUAAAAUACAUUAAGCACAUCUUUCUCAAGGCUCCCAAAAAUAUCUGCUCUCCAAGCAGCCUCCGGGGAACUUCAUCAUAACCUUGUAAUGAAUCUAUUUCCAUCAUUUUUUUCCAACUUAGAGAUGGAGCACGACUGUCUGUGCAUUUGGAUUAAUAUUUGGAGAGUAACUGAAAACCCUCUUCAGACACCAACAGAUGUCUAUUGCAAAGCACCAAACAGGAGAGGAGUUUAUCAAAGAACGUGGAAUGAGCAAGUGCAGAAGCUGACAGCCCUCAGGAUCCUUUCUUUUUUUGUCUUUUUAAUAUUGCAGGAAGAAAAAUGUUGUACAUAAAAUGUUUGUCUUUACCGAUGUAAAUGAAAUACAUUUGUGACGGUGGUAAAUCUAACAUCCUGUCACACACGGAACCUUCCACUGCUAAAGGUUGAUGAGAUCGAAUAUCGUUAAGCCGAUAGAGGUGCGUCAUGAGGCUGACGUUUUAGCAUUGGUUUUCUUAGAUACGUGUAAGACUGUGACUUCCUCUUGAGUGGCUUUACCAACCUUUUUGUUAACAUUUCAGCUACCCUAAGACUGAUUAGACCACCAAAAUGCGCAAUCCGUGGGUUAUGUUUAAUACUUAAAAUGCCUUAUUUGUGUGAAAUCAUUCAGAUCAAUUCAGAUCAAUGAUGAUCUUGUAGAUUUGAAGCAAUUCAUUAUUGUGUGCAAAAUCAAUUAAAGUUACUGUUCCUGUUA